AUGUCUACCUCUAACUGCUAUGGGAAAUCAUCAUCCUUGAAAAACACUUCUUAUUAAUGAAAGCAGCAAACACUAUUACUCCAUUCAGAUGCUCACUGACCAGCCGUCAAAGGUCACCUUACAAUCUGAAAUGGAUUAUUCUUCGUGGGAAACCUGCUUGAAGCUGAUUGCUGCUGGGUUUUUUGUCUAUUUGGGAAUUUUUGUAUUUUGUCACUUCAUCUCUAUCCUCCUCUGUGUUACUUAUCGUGGCCUUUCUACCAAAGAGAAGGUAUUUUGGGACAUUGCGGCCACACGAGCAGUAUUUGGAGUACAGUGCACUGUUGCUGGUCUGAGAGCGUUGCUUGUGGAUCCAGUUCUUACAGCAGAUAAGAUCAGCUCCCAGCAGGACUGGUCUUGGUUUACUAUACUUACAGCAACUGGAUUCUUCCUUUAUGACAAUGUAGCCCUUCUCACGUUCAAUUUAAUUUUUUGGAGAUGUGAUGUGUAUCUAGCAGUUCACCAUAUUUUUGCCUUAGUUGGAGUUUUUGGAGCAGUGAUUUACAGUACAGCUGGACAUUAUUUAGUUUUGGUAACGUUAUUAUUGGAGAUGAGCACACCUUUCACUUGCAUUUCAUGGAUGAUGUUGAGGGCUGGAUGGUCAGACACAGUGUUUUGGAAAAUAAACCAAUGGAUAAUGGUGCACAUAUUCCACUGCCGAAUGGUUCUUCUUUACCACAUUUGGUGGGUCUGCUUGUGGUAUUGGGAUAGUUUAAUACGUUCUGUUUCUUAUGUAUAUUUAGCAUUUUUCUUCAGUGGGAUUUUAUUAGUCAUGGUUAUUUUGAACCCUUAUUGGAUUCACAAAAAGACUUAUCAGCUCUUGAACCCAGUCGACUGGUAUUUCAAGGCUCCAUCAGCAAAGUCUGCACUGUCAGAGGAUAAAAAUAUUGUGAUGGACAACAAAAAGAAGAAACCUUAGACCAAGGCUUAUGUUGCUAUGAAGCUAAGAUUUUAUAUGGACAUUAUUGGGACUUUUGUCAAGUGAACAAAUGCUGUAAACAAUUUAACAGAAUUCUCAGACUUAUUGUGCAAACUGAUGCAGCUCAGGUUUUGUGAAUUGCCAAUUCUUAGUACAAGUUAGUCAGUUUGGUAAACUUUCAUUUCUAAAGCAGUUUAAAUUGUGUCUUAGGGACCGAUUGUCACAGGGGGGUAGUUAUCAAGCCGUCAACCUCAAAUACGCUGGAAUUCCGCAGCGUAUUUGUGGCGAGGCUGAUUCGCCUUAGUUAUCAAAGGCUAGAGACCGGCAAAAGUAGAAUUUUGUGACGUAAACUUCGAUCCGCCGGACUCAGUCCGACACAGAUCGAUUCUUACGUCACUCCAGAUGUUCCGCACACAAGUGCGGCACAAUCUGACUACUUUUGCUAAUUAUCAAAAAACUAGCAGGUACGCUCGGCACUUUUCCGGCCCAGCGUGCCUGGAGGCAGCGGAUCCCAUAGGAAUCAAUGGGAGUCUGACCAUAGAGAAAGUACAAGUUCGCUGCUGCCAGACAUCCCAUUGAUUUCUAUGGGAGCUGUCUACACCUAACACCCUAACAUGUACCCCGAGUCUAAACACCCCUAAUCUGUCCCCCCUACACCGCCGCAACUAAAUAAAGUUAUUACACCCUAAACCGCCGCUCCCGGAGCCCACCGCAAGCUACUCUAUACAU